AUGACGUCACCAUUCAAUCUUCGCCGCACCCGCGCUACUACUAUCACUCUCCCGGCUAGUAGCACAAGCGGCGCUGCACACGUGCUCGACAGCAGCAUCCCCAGAAGAAGUAGUUCUUCUACGAGUAGCGCUACUACCAGCCUCACUGGCAGCAGUAGUGCACGGCGCGCCGCCGCCAGCUCUCACUCCCCUGCGAGCCUGACGGGCCGCCGCCGCAGCAGCAGCAGCAGCAGCGGCGGCAGCAGCAGCGCCGGUUUCUCGUCUCCGCGUGUGCUGGCGGCCGCAGCGCGCCUGCUCCUCGUACCUCUUCUCGUCCUCACCGCCGCCGCCGACUGCUUUCCCCGCAACGCCGCGCCCCCACCGCUGCCCUCCCCCCCUCGCCGCCCCGACCCUCGCCACCGUCCCCCCCCUCCGCGCGGCAACCUCCGCCUGCGCGCGCCUUCUCCGCUCCGCCAUGCGGCGGAACCGUCUCUCGGCGCGCGGCUCGAUUUCCCCAGUGUCUCCUGGGGAAAUUCUAGCUCCUGGCGCAACCGCGGAGAAGGCGGGGGGAGCCACGGCGAAGCGCGGGAGGGCCGCGCGCUUUUGCGGGUUGAGGUUACCGCCGCCACCGCCGCCGCUGUUGCUGAGAGGCCCGUGGCGCUAGGAGCGUCGCAGUUGCGCGCGCUGGUGCAGCUGCAGGAGGCGUGGCGCGCGUGGGCGGGCAACAGCAACGCCACCACGGCGUGCUCUGCGUGGGCUGGCGUCACCUGCAGCCCCAACGGGGCCGUCGUUGCCCUGGACUCCAAGGCCUUUACCAUGGAUCCUCCUCCCACUGGCACCAUUCCUGCUGCCAUCACCGACCUCGCCGCUCUUCAAUACCUCGCCCUGGGAGCAGACGGCUGCUUGCUCACCGGCACCGUCGACGACCUCUCGUGGCUCUCCUCCCUCUCCGCCCUGCACACACUGCACCUGAGCGCCCUGGCGGAGGUCACAGGGGACCUCUCUUCCUUCGCCAUGCUGUCGCACAUCGACACCCUCCAGGACCUCAUGCUUCGAGGCUUCAGCGGGGCCACAGGGGAGAUCCCCAGGGAGAUCCGCUACAUGACUGCCCUCACUGCACUCGACCUCUCGUAUCUCCGUGCCGUGGAGUUCCCCAACUGGGUCACCCACCUGUCCAACCUUCAGUCCCUGUAA